AUGAAUAAAGGAUCGCUAGAUGCCUCCCAAGCGGUCCAGUUGAUUAUGCAAAUGAACACACAGUCAUCAGAUGAGGAAGUACUCAAGGAAGUUCAAGAAUUAAUUAACCAAAUGAAAAAUGAUCCUCAAAAUUAUCAUUUAUCUCUUCAAUUGAUGUCAACAUCGUCAGAUUUGAAGGUCUGUUGGUUUGCUGUUAACAUCCUUGAGCAUUUAAUCACCAUGUACUGGGUUCCUCACUCAUUAGACCCAGAUCCAACGGCUUCUGUCUUUACAGAAGAGAUUAAACAGCAAAUAAGAUCGUUCUUACUUAGCUACAUUACAGGCCCGAUUACGCAACUGGAUGAAAGCAAUUCGAACUUAGUUUUGAAACUUAUUUCUCUCUCAAUGAAAGUCGAUUUCCAGCACGAAGGCAUCUUCUGGAUCCAGAAUUUCGGCGAAAAUAUAACUAACUAUAACUAUAUCUUUUACUUUCUUCGAAUUUUUCAAUAUUUUGCUGAAGAUUUACACGCUUUUGAUCAUGUCGUGUCCAGCAAGACUUCAGCUGAAACAAAAACAGCUUUCUACAACAUAAUACCUGAUAUUUGCGAAUCUACAGUCCAAAUUUUGACGGAUUCAAAUGCAACUCAAGAAAUUAUAAUUCAAGUAUUCUUAAUGAUCGACUCAUUUAUGUCUUGCACUAAUCCAGCGUUUUACGCCCAGAUUCCUGGAAUUAUUUCCAUAUAUAUCAAUUUUUCUUCAUCAGAACAGCCUCUUGCUGUUGCGUGCGCAGCUCAUAAGUGUUUAAAUACCCUUUUCGGUAGAGUAAACCUCAUUACUUUGUUCGAAGUUGAAGAUAGACAACAAAUUUUGGGAGCAACGCUUUCUUUCUUCGAAAACGAGUUAUCUACUACAGAUUUGAGCCAGUCAGACCACGAAUUCGUGUCUACUUUGCUCGUAGCCUUCCAACCUCUCGCUGGAAAAUAUUUAUUUAGAUCCGACAUGUUUGAAGACGAUGCCGUUAACGAAUUCCUGUUUAACUUCGAAGACUUGACAUGGUCCUGCUUCGGAACAGACAAUUUCCACCCAAUGAUUGAAUUUUGGAUUGAUUUUUCACACGGAACUGUCGGAAGAACCAGUGUAUUUGUCGAUCCGUUCAUCAGAUUGGUCAAACACAUUGUCGAAAUGAUGAUUGACGAUGAACAAUACCAAUAUAUUACAGAUGAAGACUCCAAGAACAUCAAUGAGCUGAUUAACGAUCUUUUCAAUCUAUUUCCCAAUGAAAUAUACCAAAUAUUCCAACGCGCAACGUCCACAGCUAUAAAUAAUAGACUUGGUUCGGCCGAAUUCCUUCUCAGCUGCUUUAUUCAUAUGAUAGAUAUACUUUCCGAUGAUGAUCCUCAUGUUGCGAUGAUCAGCGAUAGCUUUAUUCGCUACAUGAACGAACUUAUGACACAUCGUAUGGACGAAAACAUCCAAAAGACCUUCGAACUGUUUAUUCUUACGAAAACAAUCAUAGAAAACUACGUCCGAAAGUUUUCUAGGAUGGAUAGAUUUUUCCUUGAAAAAGUUUUGCAUUUAUUGAGAGUUGCAAUAGCUACAAGUCAAGAGUUCAUCAAUUCAAUGCUGGAGUUACUUCUCGAAACACUAAAAAUCAUCCGACCACUUAAAUCUGCCGAAUUAGUCUUACAACAGCUUAUCAGUCGCCACGAGGACUUCCUUAACCUUUCUCCCGAGAACUACCUUUUAUACAUGUGCUGCUUGAUCACUGUCUCAGCUUCUCCGCCGACAGAUGCCCAAAAUACUCCAUUAGUUCAAGAUCCGAACGCAAUUUCUGAGAUGUUCGCUGUAACGUUCAGCAGCCUCUUGGACCCCCUCAAAUGUCCAAUUGCUCUCAAAAUAAUGAAACAUUCUUUGAAUUGUAUUAUUUUGACAGAAAGGACAAGCAAAGACCUCGUUUACGCUGCAUUCGCGCCAAAUAUCGAUCUCAUCCUAACAAUUUAUGAAAAAGGAUGCCCAGAAAAUAUAAUGCAGCCAUUAUUUGAUUAUUUGUACGUUUUUAUCACAGCUUUUAACGCUCAAAUAGGAGACAGCAUCGGCGAAAUCAUUGCCAGAUUGUUUGCUCCUCUCGAAGGCUCGUUAUCGAAUAUGAUGAAUGGAACAAUCGAGCAAAUCGCAGCCACAUCGUUCCUCCAGCUUCUUUUCCGUAUUGCACAGUUCAGAACAUCAAUAACGGCCGCUCAAACCGAAAACAUUGUCAAUUUAAUUGACAGAUUUGGUUUGGAAUUCCUCGGAUCGAACUGCGAGCUACUUCUCCCUACUAUUAAUAUUAUCAGUGCGUUGAUUGAAGACAGAUGGGCGGUAAUUUCGCCAGAAAACGGAAAUAGAUUAUUAAGAUUUCUGUUUUUCGAAGGAUUGAACAACCAUUACCCAGAUGCCGUGAAAUCUGCGAUAAAGACAAUCACGACUGCCCAAACAAUGAUGAGAAUCUUAGAUACAAUCGAAGACGGAUUUAUUUACAACGCUUUUACAGAGUUAUGCACAGAAAUGUGCACAAAUAGGCAUACAACACUCAGGGACUGCAUUUUGGAGUUCAUGAGCAUGUUGUACGAACAAGUACCAGAUUUCAUCGAAAAAAUCAUUUUCCCUUAUAUCAGAUCAUUAAAUGUCCUUGAAUCUGACCAAGAAGUCCUCGCUCAGCACUUCCAAAUGCUGGAAAACAGCGGAGAUUUCUCUAGAGAGUUUUCAGCGUUUUGUACUGAUGUGGCUUACCUCACAAUGGGUACUCAGGACUACCCGGAAAAUCAUUGA